GCAGGCUUUGGAAGGAUAAGCAUCCCAGAUUUGACCUCAUAUUCAUGAGAGUGCCAAAGUCUCCUCUCCUCCUCUGGAAAUGUUUCAUAAACAUCACGUGGAACCAUAUAUUCCACGCCAAUCAAUCGAGCAUCCUUCUCAUGGGAAUCAUAAAUAAGGCACUGACGCAAAUCUUAUUACGUACGUAUUAUUAUUUGUAGCUAGAAAUGCUACGCAGAGAUAACUCACUAUGGCGAACAUGGGCACAAUAAUGUGCAGCUUCAACGUAACGUGCUUUGCCUUGUUUUGCAUCUUCAGCGUAGAUAUGAAUAGCGGUCAAGAAUUCACAAAUGCUAUGAAAUGGAUCAUCAACCUGUAUGGAAAGACCUGGCAUUUUUGGGAAGUCGAUGCUGGUCAUGAGUUCCCUAUGGGAUACCCUCACCUCAUGGGCUCUGUUACUAGAGCUGAUCAAGUUGACCUUGACGAAGCUAUGGCAAAACGGAAUGGACUCUUUAGCGUGCAUCAUGCUCACAAAGCAGACGCUAGAAAGUCAAUUAAGGAGCCGACUACCUCGGAGUCUCUCCUUCUAUGGAGACGCAGAACAAGGUUAGGCCACGUGAAAGGAUUCCGUGAACUAUUGAUACAACAUUCUCGACUUACGAGGGCUAGACCUCUAAGGCCUUCAUAUUUAAAUAUUAGGCCGUGUUUUGCUGCUACACCUCCUGCGAUUACAACUACCAUUAGGACCGCCAGGCUAAUAGCACAGGGGCAGGAGACAAUAAGAGUAGAGAUAGUCUUUUCUAAUUGCGACCCAAAUCACGAAUACCAGUACGGUGAUAACAAGGAUAAGAGGCACGAAGUAGCUGGCAACGCGAUCGGCAAUUUCCUAAAUUCUCGGCUUAGACAAUUUGGCCUUAUCGACCAUGACCCUAAUGGUUUUAAUAGUAUUUUCGCCUAG